AUGAAUCGUCUUGGCCGUUCAUCUCUGCCACUCCGGCCCAGAGUAUGUCUGCUCUGUCAAACCCGAACCACCAUACCCUCCAUUUCCUCCACCCUCUCGCCCUUCACCGGAUGGCAGGCCAUCCGCGGUAUCGGACGGAGACCAGAACGACGCGGAAAGAAGAGUCGCCAUGCCCUGUCCUCGGACGUGUCUCGAACCUCACUAGCUCCUCGCGCGUCGCGGGAGAGAAAGGGACCCUGGGGCGGCACAAACAUCACCCAGGUGCCUGAGGAGCUAUCCUCCCGUUUCCAGACGAGGGACAGCCGGGGGAACAGCCGGGGAGACAGAGAUCCCAGGAAGGAUGGUGGUAAGGACAAGGGUAGCAAACCUGAGAGCCCUCUAUACAAGGCAUUGAAGAUGCAGACCGCAUUGGCGCCGGUGUCCUACGCCCAGCGCACCAAGGUCAAGGAGAGAAUCGCCGAGAUCACCAGCUUCGAUCAUUUCCCGCUCAUGUCGGUCGUCCACCACUCGAUCUCCUCCCAGGCGCUCCCCGGGCUGACGGAUCUCAUGCCCACCCCGAUCCAGCGGGUUGCGAUCCCCGAACUCCUCAAGGACCCGCUCCCGCCACUGGGCGCGCCGCCGAGCAGCGACCCCAAAUACGAACAGUACCUCCUGGCCGCGGAGACCGGUUCCGGCAAGACCCUGGCAUACCUGAUCCCGCUGCUGGACAACUUCAAGCGCCUGGAGGCGGCGGAGGCGGCCCACGAGAAGAAAGAGGAGGAGGCCAAGCAGCGCGAAAAGGAGCGGGAGCUGAAAACGAAGAACCGGGCGUUCGACAUCGCGCCCGAGGAGCCCCCGCUGUCGAACGCGGCCCGGCCGCGCAUGGUGAUCCUGGUGCCGACCUCCGAGCUGGCCUUCCAGGUGGGCGACAAGCUCAAGGCCUUCUCGCACACGGUCAAGUUCCGGUCCGCGGUGCUGGCCUCCAACCUGACGCCGCGGCGGAUCAAGAACGGCCUGUUCAACGAGAAGGGGGUCGACAUCAUCGUGACGACGCCGCACCUGCUGGCCUCGAUCGCGGAGAAGGAGCCGUACGUGCUGAGCCGCGUCAACUACAUGGUGCUCGACGAGGCCGACAGUCUCAUGGACAAGUCCUUCUCGCCCAUCCUCAACGAGAUCAUCAGCAAGGCCACCCCCUCCCUCCACAAGCUCGUCCUCUGCUCCGCCACCAUCCCGCGCGGCAUGGACGCCACCCUGCGCAAGCGUUGGCCCGACAUCAAGCGCCUGACCACCCCGAGUUUGCACGCCAUCCCGCGCCGCGUCCAGCUGGGCGUGAUCGACGUCCAGAAACCCCCCUACAACGGCAACCGCCCGCUCGCCUGCGCCGACAUCAUCUGGUCCAUCGGCAAGGCCGGCGACUCCGGCGGCGACGACCUGGGGCCCGGCCAGGCCCGCUCGCAGGACAAGCGCAUCCUGGUGUUCGUCAACCGCCGCGAGGACGCCACCGAGGUCGCGCAGUUCCUGAAGAGCAAGGGCAUCGACGCCAAGGCCUUCACCCGCGACGUCACCGACCGCAAGGAGCGCGAGAUCCUGGCCCCCUUCACCGACUGGGCGCCGCCCAUGACCGCCGCCCAGGUCCUGGAGGCGAUGGAGACCGAGAAGAAGCGCCGCCGCGAGGACCGCUCCAUCCCCUUCGUCAACGCCGGCGGCGACCCGUACGCCGGCCCGCCGCCCGAGAAGCGCCUCGAGAACGUCCAGGUCCUGGUGUCGACGGACAUCGCCUCGCGCGGCGUCGACACCCUCGCCGUCAAGACCGUGGUGCUGUACGACGUGCCCCGCACCACCAUCGACUUCAUCCACCGGCUGGGCCGCCUCGGCCGCAUGGGCAAGCGCGGCCGCGCCGUCGUCCUGGUCGGCAAGAACGACCGCAAGGAUGUCGUCAAGGAGGUCCGCGAGGCCAUGUUCCGCGGCCAGGCCUUGAUCUAG